AUGGUUGUUCGACCAGUCUACCCUACUACCGUAUGGGAAGGUGAUAUGGUACUGAAACUCUUCGACCGACGUUUUGCAACAGAACUCAGACAAAACGAUGAAAUAAGUCCUUGGACCUCGGAUAUCGAACAGAAGUAUCAUCAGUUCAUUCUUGAUGGUGAUGCAGCGAAGCUUGUUGCCGAGCUGGCUGCCGACAGAGAUUUGCCAGGUCGAAAUUUUGACACAUGGAAUUCGUCUCAAGAAGAAACCUAUUUACAUGACUAUAUGCAAGGUCUCUACGAGACAGAAACUCAAACAUACAACACCCUAGCCGAUAUGCAAGGGAAAGAGAUACCUCGGCUCUUCUCGUGUGUGACAGUGCCUAGCUCUACCCCAGCACAGAAUACUCUGCUCAGCGAAUACGCCGAUAUUCCCGGAAUCCUUUUGCAGUAUAUCGAAGGGUUUCCCUUGACAGAUAUCGCCACAUGCGCCCCAAGAGAUAGCUGGCAAAGCAUCUGUGAGGAAGCCAUUCGAAUUGUCAAUCUUGUCGGUGAUAGAGGAAUACUAAACGAGGAUGUCAAAAUGAGGAGUUUUGUUGUGCAAAGUCGCCCGGAAAAUCAAUUCCACGUUUUCAUGAUGGACUUUGCGUUAUGCGACUUCCGCGAAGCAUAUGAAGAUGAAACCGAAUGGGAGGAGUUGAAGGCAAGGCAGGAUGAAGAAGGGGCGGUUGGAUUCGUUAUGCAAAGGAAGCUGCAAGGUGGAUUUGUGUACCAUCGAUCUGCUCGAUACAGAGAACUUGAUGAGAAAUACAAAAUAGAUGGCUGA